CGAAAUAAACUUUUACUUGUCAAGCUUGAAAAAAUUAUUAAAGAAUUGGAAUUGAAUUUUUCCUCAGCCCUCGCCGUGAGCCACCGUGAGCUGAGGCAUUCCUGAUGCCUCGUUUGCUUAAAUUACAGUGCAUUUAACACAGUUUCCAAAUAAAAAACAUAGUUUUUGAAAUACUUGUUUGGUCAUUCCAAAGUUUCUGUUAAAAGUACGUGACUGUGCCUAAUUUUCUAAUAAAUAGCUACAAAAGAUCUAAGAAUUACCAGGUUACAUGACUGACGAUAAUUAAUUGAAGCAAAACGGGAAUAAUAUUACAAAUGUUCAAUUCGUCUCUUGCUUUCAUUGAACGUAUAUAACUUUUGUCUCACCAUUACCAAAUAAUUAAAUAUAUGGUGAAACGGCUGCGUAUGAACAGCCGGCUUUUUAUAUUUGUGAGACUUUUAAUAAAUAGAUCUAUGUCGAAGACAAAUGACGUUGGUUGUACCAUCAGUCAAGGAAAUGAGGGAUAUACUGAUGAAAAGCUGAUAAGCCCUUCUGCUACAAGGAACAAAGACCCAAUAUUACAAGUUCUAAAAAGGUUCAUUAUAAGUGACACAGACCAAAUUGACGAUGAAAGCCCCUUAUUUUUGGAAAUAUCUUCUGGAACAGGUCAACAUGUGUCCCAUUUUGCACCACAUUUUCCUGGAGUAAAAUUUCAACCAUCCGAGGUUGAUAAAACUUUAUUUAAAAGUAUUUCUUACUAUGCUUCUAGCUGCUCUACAAAUAAUAUAAAUCAGCCCAUAUUCAUAGAUAUUCAAAACAAAUUAUCAUACUAUGGAUUUGAAGAAGGCUCAGUAGACUAUAUGUUUAAUGCUAAUAUGAUGCAUAUUAGCCCUUAUGAAUGUACAAUCGGUUUGUUUGAGAAUGCAGGAGUUUACCUAAAACCUGAGGCACUCAUGAUAACAUAUGGCCCAUACAGUAAAGAUGGUGUGAUUACGCCUCAAAGUAAUAUUUCAUUUCAUGCUUCAUUAAAGUCGAGGAAUCCUAUGUGGGGUAUUCGAGAUAUUAAUGAUUUAGUUAAAUUAGCAGAGGACAAUAAUUUGUCUUUAAUAGACACAGUUGAAAUGCCUGCUAACAACAUGACAUUGAUAUGGAAAAAAGACUAAGCAAAUCUUUCAGGGAUUUUAAUAGUAUUACAUUUUGGUAUUGUAUACAUUUUGCUAAUAUUAUAUUGUAUAUUUAACCCCUUACUGCAUUUUGUUUUGCAGUAAAAUGUUUUUGACAGUGGAACUAUGUAAUAACAGGUUGGUUUAAGGUGCUUUUUCUAAAUUCUGGCUAAUAUUUAAAUAUUUUUAUCAAUGUCUAUCUUUCCAUAUAUUAUAUUAUACAUAUUUAUAUGGCAUUAUUUAUUGGCUAGGGAUAUUUCUGUUACAGAAAAUAAAAACAAUUUAAUGUUAAGGGGUUAAUAGAGAGCUUUAUAGUUAUAUUUUUACUCAACAAUUAUUGCAUCUGAUGUCUAAGACAGUAACAUUUUCUGUAAUUAGAAAUUUUUAAAAGUGGGUCAGGUAUGUCUAAAAUUAUUUCAAGAAAAAAGUACUUGUGUAUUGUUUUGUACAAUUAGCACAAUAAUAAAACCGUAUUCAUUAGGUAUAAAAAUAGUUAUCUAAACUUGUAAUAUUUAUUGAAUUUAAAAAUAAAUCUUUUUCAUAAUUA